GGGAAAAACAACUGUUCAGCAGCCUGCCAGAGCAGAGCUCGGCACCCUGCUCACCCAGCCCAGUGCCCGCAGAGGAUGCUGAGCCGGCAUGGCCCCCUCCACCACAGCCCUGGCACUGUGCGUGGCACUGCUGCUCGCCCGGCGGACAGACGGUGAGGAGCUGGCAAGCCCCAAGAACGUGCGCUUUGCUGCAGAGAUAGCGCAUCACCUGCUGCGGUGGGAGCCAGGACAAAACCACCCCAGUGAUGUCCACUAUGAAGUGGAGCACAGAAUCUAUGGCAUGAAUUUGUCCUGGACAGCCACCCCAAACUGCAUGAGGAUCUCAGAGCACUCCUGCGACCUCACAUACUACACCCUGGAUCCUGACCUGCGCUACUACGCACGGGUCAGGGCCGUGUCUGGAAACCACACAUCCCAGUGGAAAAAGACCGGCUCUUUCUCCCCACGAGAAGCCAGCCUGCGCCUGUCGCGCCCGUUCCUCUCUGUGACAGGCAACACCGUCCAUGUGCAGCUGCAGCUGCUCUUCAGCGUGGGGAACCUCACCAUAAAAUACGAUGACAUACAGAAGCAUGCGAGGCUAUACCAGGUGUACAUCAGGAGGACACAGGACAAUUGGACGCACGAAGUGAUGGAGAGCACCCCGGAGUUCAACAUCAGCAACCUCUUCUGGGACAUGGAGUAUUGUAUCAGCGUGGAGCCUGACGUGGCCAGCCGGCACAUCCGCACCACACGCAGCACCGAGCAGUGCGUCACUAUCAGCAAGAGAGACAGGACUGCAGAGCUUGCCCUAAGCAUCAUCAGCUCCUCCUUCAUCACCCUGUUGUUCUUGGGCCUCCUGGGGGCUCUGCUGGUGUGCACCUACAUAAAGAAACCUGUGAGGCCGCCGUCUGUCCUGAAGUCUUUCAUAAAGCAGAGCUCACUCUGGGUGGAGCAGGAGUCCUCGUCCUCGGGCAGCCCGGACGCAGACCCCGUCCAGCAGCUUUUCCUGUGCCAGAAGGAGCCCCAGCAGGACAGUGGCCCCAACGACAGCACCUGCACAGCCCAGCUGCCCCUGGAGAAGGGCUGGAGGGUCCCAGCAUGGCCCGAGGACUGGGUAUGCCUGCUGGGGCCAGAGGCCACGGGGAGCGGAGACAGCAGCUGCACCAGCACCGACAGCGGCAUUUGCCUGCACAUCUCCUCCUCUGAGCUGAGCUACUCCUCAGGCCCCAAGCCCCAGGGCUACAAACAGCAGCUACCCACUGGUGACAACAGCGGCGUGGGCUUGGAGAGCACCUGCCCUCGCCCCACAUGCUCCUCCAGCGGCGGGAAUGCCAGCCCCGCGGAGACCAGGCAGCCCCACGGAGAGGAGCUUGGCCUCUCCCCUGCCACCGGCCAGGACAACCAGCAGGACGUGGAGUUCUGCGGGUACCUGCAGCAGUCCAAGGGCACAGUGGAGCCAAGGCAGGACCCAGCCAAGGGAGUGCCCUUGGGCUAUGCAGGAUCCCCGCAUGGCUCGGGCAGCACGGACAUUGUGCUGGAUGUAGACUGCUCCAAGCUAGCUGUGGCCAAAGGGUAUCUGAAGCAGUCCUCUCCUGAGCACCCCUGCAGCCGCACACAGGACCUUGCUCCAUGGGGGGCCCCUCAGGAGCCCACCGCCUGGGACUUUUCUAGCCAGGUGGGGCGCCGAGCCCCCACUCUGCUGAGCUAUGGGCUCCCGGGUGCUCCCUUGGCCUCCAAAGCUGGCCCUGAGCUCCUGAAAGCUCCAACUGACCUGAGCAUCUUCAACACUGACCUCCUGGGGACACUGCCCUUCAUCUCCAGCCUCAGCACCAACGAGUGGCUCACACUGCAAAUCAACCCCCUGAGCCUGCUCAAUGGGGACAGUAAGGACAGCCGCCUGUGAGCCACCCCCGUGCUGGGGAGCAGGUACCUGCCAGCCCCACACGCUGACCCAACUACCUCUUCUAGCCAUUGCCCUUUGGGAGCAGCUACUCCAAUAACCUACCACUGACCCCUGAAUGUACCACACUGAGCGGUGCCCCAGCCAAGACUCACACGGGAAGCACCAGCUUAGCUAAUUCUGGGGCUGCUUUGGCCCUGGUACUGCUGUGGCCAGCCCAUAGCACGCCCUGCACCUUCCCUCCAGCCAGUGUCCAGUGUAAAGCUAAGGAGACAUGGGGCAGCCUGUGCUGGAGGGGCUCACCCACCCUUCUCUGACCACCGAGCCCACGGAUACACACCAGGACAUUUCCAAAGGGCAAUGCCGCCUUGUGUGCCCUCCCCAGCAACCCAGGGCACGCAGCCCCCGGGCUCAAGGCCGCCCCCGGGCUCAAGGCCACCCUCGGGGGCCAGGGCCAGCUCCAGCCCUGCUCUUCCCCUCCCCACUUCCCCCUUUCCCAGGCGAGAGCUGCCCCCUCCAGCUGACGUCUGCACCCAUGCGUCCAAAGCUUUCGCAACAGACAGCGAAAACAGACAGCAGCCUGACAUCAGCCAUCCUGCUGCUGGGAGUGCGGAGCUCCCACCACAGCUGGACUCACUUGGAGGGAACGAGGGACUCUCCUGACCCUACAGCGGCCCUUCAGCGUUCAGCCCUGAUGGCAGAGACCCAGCGCGCUGGCUACCUCCGACAGGACACAGAACGCACACAGCAGCUGCCGUACGAGCUCAGCAUGAGCCAGGGCAGCCCUGCUCACACUAUGGUCUAUGUUCUGCCACUGUUGCAUACAGACCUUAUUUAUUCUAUUUAAUUUGCAAAUGCAGAAAGAAUGUGGUGUUA